CUAUCACGUGAGGCGCUUUCGGCUUUGGGUUUCUUUUUAAUAAGACGCAGGCGCAGUUCGCUACUGCUGCGGGAAUCUUCGCAACUUUUCCGGUUGGUUCGGCCAAUUGGAGCACAGAGAAACGGGUGGCCCCGGCGCACUAGAGGGAGUUCUCUGGGCCGCUGCCGCAGCCGUACAGCCGCGGCAGGGGCUGUCGGGCUCGGUUGCAAACAUGGCUCAAAGCAGAGACGGCGGGAACCCAUUCCCCGACUCCGGCGAGCUUGACAACCCUUUUCAGGACCCAACUGUGAUCCAGCACCGACCCAGCCAGCAGUACGCUACGCUUGAGGUCUACAACCCCUUUGAGAACCGAGAGCCUCCCCCAGCCUAUACGCCUCCCACCCCAGCCCCAGCGACAUUGCCACCACCCUCAGCUCCCGCUGUUCAGUCCUCAAGAAAGCUCAGCCCUGCAGAGCCCAAGAACUAUGGCUCCUACAGCACUCAGGCUUCAGCCGCAGCAGCCACCGCUGAGCUGCUAAAGAAGCAGGAGGAGCUCAACCGGAAGGCAGAGGAGUUGGACCGCCGGGAACGAGAGCUGCAGCAUGUUGCCCUGGGUGGCACAGGCACUAGACAGAACAACUGGCCUCCCCUACCGUCUUUCUGCCCAGUGCAGCCUUGCUUUUUCCAGGACAUCUCCAUGGAGAUUCCCCAAGAAUUUCAGAAGACGGUGUCCACCAUGUACUACCUCUGGAUGUGCAGCACUGUGGCUCUUCUCCUGAACUUCCUCGCCUGCCUGGCCAGGUUCUGUGUGGACACCAGCAGUGGCUCAGGCUUUGGGCUGUCUCUGCUCUGGCUCCUCCUUUUCACCCCCUGCUCCUUUGUCUGCUGGUACCGCCCGAUGUAUAAGGCUUUCCGGAGUGAUAGUUCAUUCAAUUUCUUCGUUUUUUUCUUCAUUUUCUUCGUCCAGGAUGUGUUCUUUGUCCUCCAGGCCAUUGGCAUCCCAGGGUGGGGCUUCAGUGGCUGGGUCUGUGCUCUCGUGGUAGUGAAAGACAACACAGCUGUGGCUGUGCUCAUGCUGCUGGUCGCCCUACUCUUCACUGGCAUCGCUGUGCUGGGAAUUGUAAUGCUGAAGCGGAUCCACUCCUUGUACCGCCGAACAGGUGCCAGCUUUCAGAAGGCCCAGCAAGAAUUUGCAGCUGGUGUGUUCUCUAACCCUGCAGUUCGAACUGCUGCUGCCAACGCAGCUGCAGGGGCUGCUGAAAAUGCCUUCAGGGCCCCGUGACCCCUACUGGGAUGCCCUGGCCCUGCCACCGUGGGAACUAAGGUCCCUGUCCCUGAAGUCUCUGUGAUUCAGGGAGGCACCACCGCUUGGUGACUCUUACGGGACUCUUAAUUCCACAGCCAUGACUCUAAACCUGACUUGGAGGUGUGGGAAGCCCACUGGGACUCAGUCAUUACUUGCCUUUAUCUCCCAUUUGGCCACACUGCUACCACCGCUCACAUACCCCAAACCCAGUUUUCCUCUGCUGUGCCAAGGAUGUCUUCUUCUGUUAUUUAAAUUAAAAAAAAAAAAAAAAAAAGU